CGCGCGGAGAGCGCUGCUGCGGCCAACCCGCCUCCGCCAGGCCAGCGUCCCUCCUCCCGCGGCUGCAAAGUUCACUCUCCCCGCGGGUCCCAGGGCGACUGCCGCUCCCUCCCCCCGCCAGGAGCCGGCGGCUCGUUUCCUCUUUCGCUCCUCGCCCGCCUCUCUCUGAUCGCAGUCGCCGAGCAGCAGCAGCCCCAGAAGCGAGCGCUUCGCUUCGCGCGGUCCGGCGAGGGAGCUUCCCACCCCGGCAGCCGGAGCGCGGCGAGACCAGCCCAGCCUCAGGACCUGGCAAGUGAAUGCCUCUGAAUUGCUCUGAGGAGAUUCAAGAUAAGAGUUUUAGCCUGUGACUGGAUUGUAAAUGUAUGCUGGAUAUUUACAUUUCUGAAAGAAGACCAGCGCUGUUUUGCCAGCCCUCAUCAGAGUUAAUUUGCAGGCCUCCAAGAUCUGUUAGAUCUUAACCUAGAACAGAAUGGGGAAGCAGAACAGUAAGCUGCGACCUGAGGUACUCCAGGAUCUCCGGGAGAAUACAGAAUUCACAGACCAUGAGCUUCAGGAGUGGUACAAAGGCUUCCUAAAAGAUUGCCCCACAGGUCAUUUGACUGUUGAGGAAUUCAAAAAGAUAUAUGCCAAUUUUUUCCCCUAUGGUGAUGCAUCGAAGUUUGCAGAGCAUGUGUUCCGCACUUUUGAUACCAACGGCGAUGGGACAAUUGACUUUAGGGAAUUUAUCAUUGCGCUGAGCGUCACUUCUCGGGGAAAGCUCGAGCAGAAGCUGAAAUGGGCGUUUAGCAUGUAUGAUCUUGAUGGCAAUGGAUAUAUCAGUCGUGGCGAAAUGCUUGAAAUCGUGCAGGCAAUCUACAAAAUGGUGUCAUCUGUAAUGAAAAUGCCAGAAGAUGAGUCCACUCCAGAGAAACGAACAGACAAAAUCUUCAGACAGAUGGACACAAACAAUGAUGGUAAACUGUCCCUGGAAGAGUUUAUUAAAGGUGCCAAGAGUGAUCCCUCUAUUGUGCGAUUGUUACAAUGUGAUCCAAGCAGUGCAAGUCAGUUCUAAUUAAACUCUGGACAGUUUGCAAAGAAACUGCUGGCUUGUUGUUCAAGCUUUGCUCGCAAAUGGAUGCCUUCUCAAUCAUUCCUCAACUUGCUAGUGGAUAAGAUUCCAUUGCCAGAUUGUGUGUGCGUGUGCGCACGCACGUGCGUGUAUCAGAGUGAGGACUGCCUCACUUUUCUCACUAACAUCAGUGCAACGUUCCUUUUGCAGUUCCAUUUUUCUCCCUCUUCCUCCUCUCCAAUGUUACCACUCACUCUACAUGGUUAACGUAAUUGAAAGGUAUGUUUACAUGCAGAUACAAAGAGUUCAAAUUUCUGGUGAAGUAUCUCAUCUUUUAGUCAGUAAGAAUGAUGGCUUCUGGUAGCCCCACGAAGAUAGAAUUUUUAUCCAACUUAGCAGAUGAUAGGUCGUCAUUUUUUAAGCAAAAUGUGAACUGAAUGGCGUAGAAAGAAGAAGAGAGAAGCUUUUCUGGGCAUGGUUCCAAAUUGUCUGUGCUUUUGAGGAAAAUUGCUUGCACUUAUCUAAUUGUCUACUUUCUUUUAAUAUUAUAUAUAUAAAAAUUAUAUAUAUAUGGUGAAGUAAUUUUAAUAUGUAGGUCAGGUAUUUAUGCAUAAAGUAGAAUUCAAGCUUAAUUUCUUGUCUGUGAUUUAUUCAAAUCUUGAAGAUUGUUUUUGAGAUUUAUGCAUUAGCAAAUUGCUGUUAAAGAAAAUGCAUGACUAGCAAUUUGUGGCUAUUUCACUCUGUUUAAUUACUGAAUGCAAAUAUUUGUUCAUUUUUACUGUUGAUCGUUCCAGCGUUUACUGUAUUAACAAAAGAAUAAAAGGAAUAAUUCUCAUUUUGUAUUUCUCGGUGAAGUCCCACUUAGUGGUGGUUGCAGCAUUAACUGGCUUUUGAGUGACAUGAGGUGAUGUGACUCAUGCUGCUGUUCUAAACUUUGCUAUGCUCGGCAUUCUUUUGCUGUCAAUAUGUUAAUAGUCUUGUGCAAUCCAGUGUUAUUUAAUAUCUGCCUAAUGCCAAGAAAUAUUCAUUAAAAUAAAAUACUACUUUUCUUGU